AUGAAUCAACUUUUGCACAAUGAACAGAAGCCCAUCUCUUGGGAAGAUCCGUUGCCACGUUCCAACAGUAUUUCAUCUACAACAAACACAUUUAAUUCGCAAUCAGUGACGCGAAAGUCAAACAACAGCAUCAUUUCACUUCCACAGCGUCAUCAGUCAUAUAAUUUGAACACAGUGAAUAAUAAUCAAGAGACAAGCUUUUACAAUAGCCCCCAAGUUUUAAAUCUGAACAGUCUCAUCAACAAUAACCAUUUGUUAAACAACAAUACAUCAUCAUCACCACUCAAUCAACAUCUGAACAAAUCACAUAAGAAACUGGAACAUACGCCAUCAGCACGGAGCACAGUGUCAUCAGAGGACAGCUGGUGUCCGUCGGAAGAUCAUGAUAAUGAUGAUAUCUCGUCAUACAAUGACGAAGAUGACAAUCUAAGUGAUCGAAGUACCAGCCUCAUCUCAGCAGCACGGAAUAGUCAGCUCCGAUUGACGUUCAACAAAGCCAAACAACAUUUGUCAUUCGAUAAAUGGCGCAACAAUUCAUCAACAAUGCCCAGUACGAACAGUCAAGAAUCGCCUGGUGAGCCAUUAUCACGACUAUCACGUUGGUUCUCCAUCCGACGUGGAAGUCAUCAAUAUGACCUGAACUCAUCUAACAAUAGUCAAAAUCGAAGUGGCAGCAUCGAGAAAGAAAAUGACGAGAAAUUUGCUAAUGGCAAGAAAAUGCCACAAUUGCAAGAGACUGAAGAAGAUCAUUCUCAACUCGAUGGAGCGAGUCCUUUAUUGUCACAGACAAGGAUGGAUCGUCGCUUAACACCACUUGCACUUCCCCCCGCACCCACCAAUCUUACACAGUCGCAGAAUAAACGACGUCACAUAAUUUCCGCAAUUGUUCACAGUGAAAAUUCUUACGUUUCAUCGCUUCAGCGUCUAGUCAGAGAUUAUAAAAAGCCUUUGGAAGAAAGCAGUCCACCGAUCCUUAAUGGUUCGAAAAUGUCAGUUCUCUUCCAUCGUGUACCAGAUAUUCUCCAAUGUCACACCCUCUUUCGUAUCACACUUACCGACUGCAUUCGAAAUUGGGACCGUGAUGAGAAGAUUGGAGAUGUGUUCAUGGGUGCCUUCAGCAAAACAAACGUCCUGGAUGUUUACAGCGGCUUUAUCAACAACUUCUCGAAUGCCAUGGAUCUAGCGAAGGUCGAAACAAAGCGAAAAUCUGCGUUUGCUGAUUUUUUAAAUGUUAAACAAAUCAGCGCCCACGAUCGAUUGUCGUUCUUUGGACUAAUGGUGAAGCCAGUUCAACGUUUUCCACAAUUGAUUUUAUUCUUACAAGAUUUGUUGAAAUACACACCGCAAGGACAUCAUGACCGAAUGUCAUUACAAAUGGCUUUAACUCAACUUGAAUCACUUGCUGAUUCAUUAAACGAGCGAAAACGUGAAGCUGAACAGUAUCAAGCAUAUAAAGAGAUGCUUGGACAAAUAUCGGGACCAUUCAAUACACGAUUCCUUGGAUCAUCUGACCAACGACAUAAUUACUUGCUACGUGAAGACAAUGUGACACAACUUGAGUUUAAUCAAAGUGGUCUUUUAGUUAAAACGAAGCCACGUCGUCUUCUUCUUGCUAAUGAUAAAAUUAUUUGUGUAUCAGUUGCACCAAAACAAUCACAAGAUUUCGGUUCAACAGAGAAAUUAUCACUCAAGUGGAUGUACCACGUGAAUGAUGUUGAAAUUGUUGAUAACGCAACAUCAGCAACACUCAAUCGUUACAUCACAAGUGGAUUGAAUCGUGGUGGAAGUCUCAAAUCAAAUCAUAGUGGAAGUGGCAAUGAAACAUUAUCAGCAAACACUUCUCAUCUUGCUGCUGCUCAAAUGACAAAUGGAGCCGAAAAUCUAGCAAAUGAGAUGUCAAAUCUGAUGCAUGAUUACAACGUAAUGUCACGUGUCAAUGACUUAGUUGGACAAUUAAAGGGAGAAUAUCCUGAAAUCAAUUUAAACAUCACCAAAAAUGUUCUCAAUACAAUUCAAACGAGUAUUCGUAAGAAAGAUGAAGAAAUGGCAUGGGUUGAUUCGUGUUGUCUCCAACUCAUCGUCAAGCAGAAAUCUGGAAAAGAAGAAACGCUUUCGUUCCGAACUGAUAAUCCAAAUGUCAAGAAAGAAUGGAUAACUGAGUUACGACUUGCACAAUUAGCUUUGGAUACAAAUAAUUCUCCAGCAUGGGAGGUUGGCGAUCGUGAUAAUCAUCAAAGGCCAUUAACAAAGAUGCCUUUGUUUGUUCGAAUGCAUCCGGUGUAUAAAUCAAUGCAGCAUCAAACUGAGGUCCGCUGCGGAUGUUACUACUCAAUGUCACCGGAAUCAAAAUUCCAAAAACGUGCCACAAAGAAUCGUUAUCACUUGUGGAUUUGUUCUGUUGACGGUUCCAAUUCUCACAUAACAAUUCUUAUGCAUCAACCACACCAGGCGCAGGCUAUGAUCAAAGAUGUUACUGCCUUUAGUCUCAAUGAUACUGUGAUUACCGCAAUGGACUUUGUUCGCGGUCGUAUUUCUUUGCCUGACAUCAACAACGCUGCUGGAUGUGACAUGGAUUGCGUUUGGAUUGGAACAAAUGCUAAGAAACUCAUCAUUUAUGGUGGAACAAAUCCAGAACAAGAGAAACAAAUCAUUCAACUUAAUCUCCCUGAAACACCCACGCAAAUUCUUUUCCACGUUAUGAAUGAAAGUGUCUUCGUUGCACUUGCCAAUGGAGACAUUUUGAUGUAUCGUAAAGACCAUGAAUUGUGGAAUUUGAAGCAUUAUCAAGUGAUUAAAUUGGAGAAUUAUCACAUACCAAUAACAAGCAUUCUCGCGAUUAAUGUCAAUGUUUAUGCUGCAAAUAUCAACAUUGCACCGCACAUUCUUCGUGUAACAUCAUCAAAUCAUUCUCCAUCAAACAACUCAUCACCAUCUGUUUAUGUCACUGCAUUAAUGGCAUGCAAAGGGUUGUUAUGGGUUGGCACAAAUGUUGGAAUAACUUUAACAGUUCCAUUGCCACGUUUAGAAGGUGUGCCAAUUAUUUCCGGUAAUGUGAAUAUUUCUUAUCACGCUCAUUGUGGACCUGUUACAUUCUUCCUGCCAUUAAUCACCAAAUCAGCUAAUCAAACGAUGCAAAUGCAAAUCAAAGCACCACCGAGUCGUUAUUGUUGUCGUCGUUGUUGCAGUUGCGGUUUACUACUCAGCAACAACAACAUCGAACUCAUUGAUAAAAAUAACGAUGAUGAGAGUAGCAAAGCAGCUGCAAAAUUAGAGAAGCAAAGAUCACUUGAAGUGUCGCCAUCACCUGGAAAGUUGAAAAACCAAUUGCCAAACAGUCCAAUCGUUCUUCGACGUAAGUCAAAUAUCAGGGAAAGUGAUUUGUCGAGAAUGUCCAAGACAUUGCCACGUGGUUUUAGUGGUGUCAAUGCAUACUUUAAUGGAACGAAUUCAAUGAGAUCUUCAAGCUCAUCAGGCUCAUCACAAAAUGGUUCUGAUAGUGGCUGUGAUGUUUAUGGAUUAUACAGUGACUUGUUGUUUGUGAAGGAAGAUUUUGAUACGCAAAUGGUUCCAAAUGUUGCGAUGAGUCUUCAUGAACAAGUUGUUUAUGAUAGUUUAAGACGAGGCAAUUCUGAUCCCGAUUUGGCUGCUAUUCCAUCGAAAGUGAGUACAUUGGAUCGUCGUUUGAAAAUGAAAGUUGGACGUCCAAGAUCUCUUGACUUAUCGAAUUGGUCGGUUGAUUCACGAUCGAGUAGUUUAUACACAUCAAGUGGAAGUGAAGAAAGUAUGGGCGUUAAAUAUCGAAGUGUGUCAAGAAAUAGCUCAAGCGCUAGUCAUAAAUUCAACGGAACAGAAUUGAUGAACAUAAAUGAAUGCGACCAUCAUCAUCAUCAACAUCCGACAAUUCAUGCAACGUCGACACCAACGAAAGUUGUGCAAGAAGAUAUGCAGGAAGUGAAAGAAACGACUGUGUCGAAUAAUAAUAAUAACAACAAUUUCUCAGCUGCAACGUUGAAGAAUAAUAAGAGAAAGAAUCUGAAGAAUAAUUACCAUCAACAGAUGAUCGAUGGGCGUCGGACAGUUCUUAUGUUGAUGGGAGGUCGUGGCUAUGUUAAUUGGCGUCAUGUCUUUUACACGCCACCGAAUGGACCUAAAAGUAAUUCACAUUCUAAUGGUUUAAGUGGUGGUGCAAACAUUGAUAACAAACAACAAGCUUUUCAUCUUCGAUCCAACUCGUUAACGUCGACGAUUAAUUACAAAAUGCUCAAUUCAACUGAUGCAAAUGUCAUCUUGUGGGAGAAGAAGCUGUAA